CAUUCUCGAUUCACCUCUAUUCACACCUUGAUACCAGCGGAUGAGGUCGACGAGCGGAAAGACAGGUUACCUGAGAAUCCUUUCUCAAUUUCCUUGAGCGGAGAUCGCCGCUCCUGUACUAUCCUGUAGUCGCUUGUAAUAUCAUGUAAAUCGUAUUACGCCUGCCAAGAUCUUCCACAGCGUCAAAGCGAAACACAGAGUCAAACAAGGCGCUCUCGAUUCUAGUUGCGUCACUUCAGUCGACAGUCACUUGUUUGACAGUUCUGGUCGGUCAUUUUGCGUGGUGCUACUGACUGUGGCCUAGUACUGCACUGUACUGCACUGUAUUGCACCGUACUGCACUACUGGCGCUACUGGGUGCUACGCGGGUCGACAAGUGUUUGGUGUCGUCUCGUCUCGUCUCGUCUCGUUUCGCGUCGAUUUUCCUCGCAAGGAUGCAAGAUCCAUUCUUCUCUCUCCGAUAUUCAUUGAUAUUCACGGGACGCUCUCCCUCGCAAGUCUCAAGCCCAUGUUGAAACUGGCGUCGACCCGGUCGGUCGUGUUGACACUGUUGACUGGCGUUGACCAGCGUGGGAGGCCCUCCUGUGAUGGCAGGGAAAGAUGGGAAGCUAGAGUCAAAAGGUGGAGACGUUAUUCGGCAGGGAUUCAUGAUAAAACGUUCGCAGAACAAGAAGCGCUUUACCCCGGUCAAUUACAAGCAACGAUGGUUUAUCUUGACCAAACAUUAUCUCAUCUACUACGACGGAGAUGGUGAGCGCCGCAAGGAACGCGGACGGAUCGCCGUGGAGAGUGUCCACGUGGUGGAGACGGCCAGCCUCGGGAAUGGUGGAGGUGCUGUCAGUGAUGCGGCAGGCGGCGGCGACGCUGCCGGCGGAGGCGGCGGAAUACCAUCCGGACUGCCUUUCCAGGUGGGAUAUCGGGAAGCUGGUCAAGAGUACACACUCUACCUCCUUGCCGCUCGCGAACAGGAUCGCGCCGAAUGGAUACGCGCUAUACGCGCUGUGUGCAGUGAGAAUUCGGGCUUGAGCGGGCGUUAUCACGCGGGCCUAUGGAGCGGAAAACGUUGGUCCUGCUGCCGUUUAUCAACACGCUCCGCCGAAGGCUGCGACACUUGCAGCUCCUGGUCUUCGAAGCCAACUACGAACGCUACAAAUCCGUCCUCGACGACAAUGUCAGCCUCGACAACAUCGACAACGUCCGUGCCCGGCAGCACUAAUACCAUUAACAAUAUCAUUUCAACGACCAGCAUCACGUCCGAUCAUCGUCCACAAUCCAACGCUGAAGCGAAUAACAAUCCGAUCGUCCAAUCCCAGACCCGCUCAACAAUCGGUACGCCUUCGACUCCGAUAAUGCCAGGUGGUACGCCCGGCACACCAUCCUCUAAAGCAAAGGAAAAGAUAAUGUUGCGGGCGAAAGUAGUGGUGGCUCUGUAUCCUUUUCGAGCCAUCGAAGGCGGCGAUUUGUCUCUUGAAAAGGGUGCAGAGUACGAGGUCUUGGACGAUUCCCAGGAGCAUUGGUGGAAAGUUAAGGACGAGAAUGGAUCGAUCGGCUAUAUUCCUAGCAACUACGUUAAAGAGAAGGAAUUAUUGGGACUGCAGAAAUACGAAUGGUACGUAGGUGAUAUGUCAAGACAACGCGCCGAGUCAUUGCUGAAACAAGAAGAUAAAGAGGGCUGUUUUGUCGUUCGUAACUCGUCGACGAAAGGGCUUUACACGCUCUCACUUUAUACGAAAGUGCCACAUCCCCACGUGAAGCAUUACCACAUCAAACAAAAUACCCGCGGAGAAUUUUACUUGUCGGAAAAGCAUUGCUGCGGCUCCAUUCCCGAUCUAGUUAAUUAUCAUAGACACAAUAGCGGUGGUCUAGCCAGUCGAUUAAAGACCAGCCCCUGCGAUCGUCCUGUACCACCAACUGCUGGCCUCAGUCAUGACAAAUGGGAAAUCGACCCAGCGGAAUUACAUUUGCUGGAGGAGCUCGGGUCCGGCCAAUUUGGAGUCGUGCGGAGAGGAAAAUGGCGCGGCUCUAUCGAUGUCGCCGUGAAAAUGAUGAAAGAGGGAACCAUGUCCGAGGAUGAUUUUAUAGAAGAAGCUAAAGUAAUGACGAAACUGCAACAUCAAAACCUAGUCCAGCUAUACGGCGUUUGCAGUAAAGAUAGACCAAUAUAUAUUGUCACGGAAUACAUGCGACAUGGAUCUCUUCUUAACUACCUCCGCCGUCAUGAAACCUCAUUAGGUGCAAACGUUGGCCUCUUGUUAGAUAUGUGUAUACAGGUUUGCAAAGGAAUGGCAUAUUUAGAGAGGCACAACUAUAUACACAGAGAUCUUGCAGCACGUAAUUGUCUGGUGGGAUCGGAAAAUGUAGUAAAAGUUGCAGAUUUUGGUUUAGCUAGGUAUGUACUCGAUGAUCAGUAUACCAGUAGCGGUGGCACUAAAUUUCCUAUUAAAUGGGCGCCUCCGGAAGUUUUAAACUACACGCGCUUCAGUUCGAAAUCGGAUGUGUGGGCAUACGGAGUACUUAUGUGGGAAGUGUUUACGUGCGGAAAGAUGCCUUACGGUCGCUUAAAGAAUACGGAAGUCGUCGAGCGAGUGCAGCGAGGAAUUAUUUUGGAACGACCUAAAGCGUGUUUCAAGGAAGUGUAUGAGGUGAUGCGCAAAUGCUGGGCUCACUCUCCGGAAGUACGACCGUCCUUCCGCGUUCUGAAAGAGCAGCUGAUUAGCGUCUCCCAAGGAUUGGUCAACGAUUGA